AUGCUAGCGAGGGCAGUCCCGAGCCUCGAGGCAGCUCAGACCCUCCGCACAUUCUACCACUACUGGGUAGUGGCGUUUGGAACGCCGAGAGCGGUGCUCACCGACGGCGGCUCCAGCUUCAAGGGCGCGUUCCACACAACCGUGACCAAACAUCUAGGUUGCCGACAUCUAGUAACCGCCCCGUACCGUCCCCAGGGGAACGGCAUCAAUGAGGCCUCGCACGUCGAGCUGAAGAAUGUGCUGCGCGCAAUGUGGCAAGAAGGGCAGAGAGAUGUAGGCAAGAUGCUGGACUCAGCCACCCGCCUCCACAACAUCACGCCGCACUCAGCGAUAGGUACCUCACCGUACGAGGCGUUGUUCGGUAAACCCCCAGUGCUCGACGCCCUGCAAGAGAUGACGCCGUCAAUGACGGAGGAGGAGCGCAGAGAGAAUCACAACAUGCGGCUCCGAGAGCGAAUGACGGAGGUAAUGCUCAGGGAGCGCCCCCUGGAAAAAGAUAGUCCAAACGACCUCAAACAAGGAGACCUAGUGGUAGUUCUCAAUGACCCAGGCUCCGCGGCCUCGUCGCUCAAUGGCCCAGAGACGCCCAGAUGGUUCGCGCCACGUUGGUCGCUCCCGAUGAAGAUCGUGGGGGUCGAGCGGACACAGGUAGAGGUAGAGCGAUACGGACAGCCAGGCUCAACGUUCAAGGUACACAAGGAAAAAGUCCGAAAGUUUAAGAAAAGCGAGGAUCCCGAGCUAGAAACGUUGACGAGGGAGUACUUAGAGAAGGUGGGCGACGAGCCGGAGGAGCCGGUAGAGGAAAAGAGUACGUACAAGCGCCCCAGGAUCUACAUUGACCCAGAGACCCGCGAAGGUCUGGAGCACUUCCUCGGGAUUUCAGCGGUCCCGUAUUGA